AUGCGGCGGAGGCACCGCUCAACGGGCUCCUCUCUGCCUACGCCGACGCCGACGCCUCGCCGACCACGGCGGGCGAGGUGGCGGAUGCGGGCGCCGUGGGCAGCAGCAAGCCGGUGGCGGCGGAGGGUGAUGAGGUCUGCCGCCCAAAAACGAAAGGAGCGUGCCCGGUCGCCGGGGCUCGAGGUGGACGUGAAGGCCGGGCCUGUCGAGGCAGCGCCCGCCGAGGCAGCGCCCGCAGAGGCACCUGCCGAGCCGGCUGAGCCGCCAGCUGUGCCUGACAUGCUGCAGGUACUGGGAAAUGCUGAGAUCCCAGAGGCACCCGCGCUUGACGCGAAGGCUCCGGAAGUUGCCACGAAACCUCCAGACAAGGUCUCCAGCUUGCUGGGCAUGUUUGAGCGUUCCUUCGAGACCGCUCAAGCGGCCCUGCCGACGCCUCCGCCUUUCGACCCGCUGGCGGCCUUGGACCUGCUGGGGCCCAACCCCUUCGGCCUCUUGGAGACGGAGCUGCCGGACCCGCCGCCGGAGGCCAAGCGCCGCAAGAUCGAUGGUGGGAAGCGGGUCUACGUGGUCCGCCAUGGCGAGGGUGAACAUCAGCUCAAGGGUUAUGUUCAUCCGAAAGGCUACGGCCUUGGACCAGACCUCACGGAGCUAGGCCGGCGGCAAGCCUUGAGUGCGAAGGAGGUCAUUGUCAAUGAGUUGCCAGAGCUGAAAGAACUCAUGGAGGCAGAGGAUCCUGACGCAUCCUCGGGUCUAGAGACUUUGGUCGUGGCCUCCAACUUGUUGCGAGCGGUGCACACCGCUGUGCUGCUGAACCCGAAUCCCGAGCCCUCCCAGGUGCUGGUGCAUCCCUCCUUACGCGAGCGGAUACUGGAUGAUCGGGACGAGCCCUCCGAGCUGAACCACCUGCGCGAGUGGCUUAUCGACCGGCACUAUGAUGCCAAGGUGGACCUAAGUCUUUACGAGCAAGAGCUGAUUCAGGCAGGGGCGGCCAGCAGCGACGUGGGGAAUCCUCUGGACCUGCAGGACCCAGCGAAACUCCACGAGAUCUACCUGAAGAGGUGUCGAAGCCUUGACCUGAGAGAUGAUAGCUGGAACGCCAAGCAGAACAAGGAGAUGCUGCAGAAGAGGGCUGAAAGCUUCACGCAAUGGUUGGAAGAGCAUGCCUGCCCGGUGCUAGUGCUGGUGGGCCAUGCCUGUUUCCUGGGGAUGAUCACAGGCGACAAGGAAUGGAUCGAGAAUGGCGAGGUGCGGUCCUACGCCCUGCGGGAGGGCUACUGGACUCGCUUGCAGAAGCUCAACCCACCGCCUUCUUCUCGGGCCCAGCGGGCCUGGGCCAAGAAGUCCAAAACGGUUCCCUCACGGAUCCCGGCCGCAGGCGCCGAAGCCAUGGAAGACAAUGCCACCCUCCUCGAGGAGGCUCGUAUUUGCGAGCCCGGGGGGAGCGGUCAGUUGCUGCCCCUGGGUGGCGACUGGGAGAUCGAGCUCAAUCCGAGAGUGCGGAUGGUGCUCUACUUCAUGGGAUUAAUAUAUAGCUUCAUGGGCGUCAGUAUAGUGGCUGAUUUGUUCAUGUCAGCCAUCGAGCGUGUCACCAGCGUGCAGCGCUGCGUGCAGAUCGGGACCUCAAAGAGGUUUCGCACAGCACCAGUUUGGAAUGAGACAGUGGCAACCUUGACUUUGAUGGCGCUUGGGUCCUCAGCGCCGGAGAUCAUGCUUUCCCUCAACGACAUCGUCAAGCGGACCUUCGUGCAGGGAAAGUUGGGAGCUUCCACCAUUGUGGGGUCUGCAGCCUUCAAUCUUUUCGUCAUUGUGGCGGUGUGUAUCAACACGAUCCCCGCAGGCGAAAGUCGACAGAUCAAGCAGCGCGGGGUCUAUGCCAUCACCGCGUUCUUCUCGAUCUUCGCGUACGUCUGGCUGCUCUUCAUUUGCGUGGUCAGUUCCAUCGAUGAGAUUGAGCUGUGGGAAGGUAUGGUCACCUUCAGUUACUUCCCGAUCUUUGUCACGAUCUGUUAUUUGGCAGACAUCGGAGUACUGACCAUCGAGAAUUUGCGGUCGAAACUUUGUCCAAAGCGCUAUGACGAAGAGGCGGACAACGCGCCAAAGACCUGGCUCGAGAAAUUCAAGGUGGAAAACUUCCGGGAAGAGGACUUGGAUCCCGAGGAGAAGAGGCGUCGAGAGGAGGAAGAGAAGAAACGCGAGGCGGCUCGAAUGGCCAAGGAGCGGGAGAUGGGCAUGAACCUGAAGAGUGGCGGCAGCGGAUCUUGCGAGCUUGCUGCCGCCGUAGGCAAGACCCAGCACAGCUGGAGGAGGAUGUGGAGGUGCCCUUGGAGGAGGAGGAACAUAAUACAUAUCUUUCGGAUCCCAACAUCCCCUUGCUGGACGAUGAUGGGAACCCCCCUUGAGAAUGAGUACGGCAUCAUUACCUUCAGCCAGCACUCCGUGACCAUUCGUGCCAAGAACGAGGUGCAGAAUAUCCCAGUGGAGAUUGUCCGGAAGAACGGCAACGAAGGCAAAGUGACCUGCACCUACCGCUUGGAACAGUUGUCGGCCAUCCCAGGCUUUGACUACGAAGAGGAUGAGGGAGAGAUCCAAUUCAGAGAUGGGGUGCAGACGGCGGAGAUCUCGCUGACCAUCUUGCCGAAGAAGCGAGGGGAGAGGAGUGAUCGAUUUCAAGUGGUGCUUGAGGAGCCCACAGGCGGUGCGGAAUUCAACCCGGACUUUGAUGGGGGCGAAGAGUGCCAACGUCUGACGAUCGUGGUGGAGAAUGAGAUCCGCGGAGGCAGUUGCUUCACCGCCUUGAUCGACGCCGUGGUGAACCUCGAUGAGCUUCGACAGGGCACGUCCUUGUGGAAAGCGCAAAUCUUAGAGGUGAUCUUUGUUGGAGGCAGCAAGGAAGAACAGGACCAAGCUGGAGCACUGGACUGGUUGAAUCACCUGAUCUGGCUUCCCUGGACCUUGAUCUUCGCACUUUUCACCCCGCCGCCGGCCUACCUGGGCGGCUGGGUUUGCUUCUUCAUCUCCCUCAUGCACAUUGCCUGGCUCACGAUCAUCAUCGGCGACCUGGCCGAGCUCUUUGGUUGUGUGGCCAAUGUGGAUGACAACAUCACUGCCAUCUCCUUCGUGGCCCUGGGUACCUCUGUGCCGGACCUCUUUGCCUCGAUGACGGCGGCGCGGCAGGACCCCACCGCGGAUGCGUCCAUCGUCAACGUGACUGGGAGUAACUCCGUGAACGUCUUCCUGGGCAUUGGCAUGCCUUGGCUCUUAGCAUCCUUCUACUGGUACAUGCAGGGCACCACCUUCGCCGUGACGUCCCAGGGGAUGAGCUUUAGCGUGCUGGCCGGGGCGACCCCGGGUCGGAGCAGGGGUGUUUACCUGUGGCGCCUGCGUAGUGCUCACAGUGAUCCAGUGGGGGCGCCGAAGCGGCUGCAGCGCGGUGCUGAAGCACCGAGCUUCGGCGAACUGGGCGGCCCCGUGGACGCCAAAGCGUACUCCUCCUUCCUGCCCGGGGUGCCCAGGGGACCGGGAGCGGACCUGAAAGACCCACCUGGGAGCGAUUCCGAGUGGCAUCCGGUGCUCCGGGGCACGGGGGGUGACGGAAGUCGUGAAGAACAAGACUUGGGUGGGGGUCCUGGUGGAGGGGAGUCUUUGUAA